AUGGGGCCGAAGAAGGGUUUCCAGCUCCUGGAGAUAAACGUGAUAUCAGCCCAAGAUCUGGAACCCGUGUCGAAGAAGAUGCGGACGUACGCAACGGCGUGGAUGAACCCGGGGCGCAAGCUUUCGUCGUGCGUGGACACGGAGGGGAAGAACAAUCCUACGUGGAAUGACAAGUUUGUGUUUAAGGUGGAUGAGGAGUUUUUGAGGCAGGACACGUCUGCGGUGAUGAUCGAGAUCUAUGCCGUCCACUGGCUGAGGGACGUGUUGGUGGGCACCGUGCGCGUCCUCGUCGGGAAUCUUAUCCCCCCUCCCACCCGCUCCCACGCCCAAAAUUACACCGGGAUGCGUUUCGUUGCUCUUCAGGUGCGCCGGCCGUCCGGGAGGCCACAGGGCAUCCUCAACAUCGGGGUGGCGUUGCUCGGUUCCUCCAUGAAAAGCAUGGCUCUUUACCGCCAACUGAGCAUGUCGGCAGUAGGGUUUCGAGACCUCAUGGAGGACCCCCUCAGCAUCCAAAACCUCCAAGAAAGCAACACCACCACCACCACCAACGUAAAGCCCAUCUUGCUCCGGUCCAAGAGCGAACGCAGCGCCCUCGACCACCUCUCGACCAACGGCUCCUCCAUCCUCAACCCCAAAACCAAGGACACCUCCAUCCUCAGCAUCACCGACCGCUACAACCCCUUCUCCAAAUCCAAAGUCGGCAAAGCCAGCUCCGUCAUCAGCGUCCCCAACCCUCCGCAAGUCCCCACCAAAAACACCAAAUCCGGCUCCGUCCUCAGCGACUCUAUCCUCAGCAAGGAGUCCUCUGGCUUCCGCCGCAUGGCCGCCGACAAGACAGUCGACGAGAAAUCCCUGGUUAGAAAACCGAGCCCCAACAAGGAGAAGCUGUCGUUGGCCGUGCCCAAAUACAACAACUACGUGGGGGGCAAGAAGGGGAACUCGGUGUGGUCCGACUCGGAGGUGGGCCCGUCGCCGUCAGAGGUGGCGGCAGCAAUGAUGAUGGCGGAGCGCAAGUACCCGCUCGAUGACAAGCAGAGCUCCGUGCUCGACGGGUGGAGCGUGGACGAGAGCGUCGAGGGGCUGAGGUCGAAACUCGAGCGCUGGAGAAUGGACCUUCCGCCGCUCUAUGACAGGGCAGCCACUGGAGGAGGUUACUCCACCAGCAGCUACAAGUCGUCUGGAAGGCACACGCGCAGGCAUAGUGAUGGCUCCACCGGCCUCUUCUCUUGCUUUGGGAACAUAUUCGGGUACGAGUGCCAGUGCAUUUGCGGGAAGCCACCGGGGAGGAGGAGCCGUAGCGCACGGUUUCAGAGCCCGUCCACGCUCACGCCUGGCCGCUCCUUUAUUUAA